AUGGACAUUGGGGAUGCGUACCUACAAGGAAGCAGAAGCCCCUCACCUUUCUGGAAAAGCGGGGAAGGCUCAAUAUUCUCCAUAUCUUCGAGCGAGAGAGGCGAGGAGGAGGAGUUGGAUUUGAGAUGGGCUGCGCUUCAGAAGCUUCCAACUUACAAUAGGGCUAGGAAGGGAAUUCUGAAUUUUGAAGAUGGCGAGCUCAAAGAGAUCGAUAUCAAGAACCUCAGCUAUCACGAUAGGAGAAACCUGCUCGACAGACUGGUACGAGUUGUAGAAGAAAACAACGAGAAGUUUCUUCUUAAGCUAAAGGAAAGAUUCAAUAGGGUUGGAAUCGAUUAUCCAACCAUCGAAGUGCGGUAUGAGCUUCUAAAUGUUGAGGCUCAAGCAUAUGUGGGAAGCAGAAAUUCGCCCACCUUCUUCAAUUCAAUUCUUAACACAGUUGAGUUCUUUAGCAAUCACCUUCAUAUAAUUCCAAGCAAGAAGAAACCAUUCACCGUACUCAACGAUAUUAGUGGAAUCAUCAGGCCUCGAAGGAUGACACUGCUUUUAGGCCCCCCUGGUUCAGGGAAGACGACACUGUUAUUGGCUCUAGCUGGGAAGCUAGGCUCAGAUCUUAAGGUUUCUGGAAAUGUGACAUAUAAUGGUCAUGCAAUGGAUGAGUUUGUUCCACAAAGAACAGCAGCUUAUAUAAGCCAGUAUGAUCUCCACAUGGGAGAGAUGACAGUGAGAGAAACCCUUGCAUUCUCUGCCAGAUGUCAAGGGGUUGGCUAUCGUUUUGAUAUGUUGACUGAAUUGUUAAGGAGAGAGAAGGAAGCAAAUAUCAAACCUGAUGCUGAUAUAGAUGUCUUCAUGAAGGCAUCAUCAAUGGAAGGGAAAGAAACUGGUGUGAUCACAGAUUAUAUUAUGAAGAUUCUGGGAUUGGAAAUUUGUGCUGAUGUCAUGGUAGGCAAUGAAAUGUUAAGAGGUAUUUCUGGAGGACAAAGAAAGCGUGUCACCACUGGUGAGAUGAUUGUUGGUCCCGCAAAAGCAUUGUUCAUGGAUGAAAUAUCAACGGGCCUUGAUACCGUGACUUCAGUGAAAGAUCAAAAGCAAUAUUGGGCACGACAUGAUAAACCAUAUCGAUAUGUGCCAGUUAAGGAAUUCGCAAAAGCAUUUCUCUCAUUUCAUGUUGGUGAAAACCUUCGAAAAGAGCUAUCUGUUCCUUUUGACAAGAGCAAGAGCCACCGUGCUUCUCUAACAACUUCAAAAUUUGCUGUCAGUGGAAUUGAAAUACUGAAAGCCUGUGCUGAAAGAGAGCUGCUUCUAAUGAAGAGAAAUAUCUUUGUUUAUGCAUUUAGAGCUUUUCAAGUCAUGUUUAUGGCAGUUGUCACGAUGUCACUCUUCUGGAAGACAGAAAUGCAUCACAGAUCUAUAGAUGAUGGACAGAUUUACAUGGGAGCUCUCUUUUUCUCUCUUCUCACUAUCUUGUUCAAUGGCUUCUCUGAGCUUGCUUUAACCAUUAUUAAGCUACCUGUCUUCUUCAAGCAAAGGGACUGUGACUUUUUUCCUUCGUGGGCUUUUGCAUUGCCAAAUUGGAUCUUAAAUAUACCAUUUUCAUGCGUUGAAGUUGCAAUUUGGGUACUUCUCACUUACUUCGCCAUAGGAUAUGAUUCAAGUGCAGAAAGGUUUUUCAAACAUUACCUUCUGCUGCUUCUGGUAAAUCAAAUGGCAUCCGGAAUGUUUCGGUUCAUUGCAGUACUGGGAAGAAUUCUUGUUAUUGCUAAUGUAUUAGCAGCCUACAUAAUAUUGGUGAUUUUAGUGUUGGGUGGAUUCUUAAUUUCACACGGGAAUGUGAAGAAAUGGUGGUUAUGGGGUUAUUGGUCAUCACCUGUAAUGUACUCGCAAAAUGCUAUUUCGGUGAAUGAGUUCCUUAGCAAGAGUUGGAGCCAUGUUUUACCUGGAACAAAUGAAACACUUGGAAUAAUUAUCUUAAAAUCUAGAGGAAUAUUUCCGGAAGAAAAUUGGUAUUGGAUUGGUGCAGGAGCUUUGUUUGGAUAUGUUCUCAUAUUCAACUUUCUUUUCAUUGUUGCUCUAUCUUAUCUCAAACCACCUGGGAAGGCUCAAUCAACUGUAACUGAGGAGGUUUUCAGGCAGCAACAAAAUAGCAUAUUUGAAAAAAGUACGCUGCAACCAAGAGAAGAAGCAACCAGAACGACAAUAGCAGGAAAUGCUAACUCAAAUGAAAUGAAAGGAAUGGUGCUUCCAUUUUUACCUUAUUGCGUCACAUUUGACAAUAUAAGUUAUUCGGUGGAUAUGCCAAAGGAAAUGAGAGCUCACGGAAUUGAGGAUAAAUUGAUGCUUCUAAAUGAUGUGAGUGGUUGCUUCAGACCAGGAGUGCUUACUGCUCUAAUGGGUGUUAGUGGAGCAGGUAAGACUACUCUUAUGGAUGUACUUGCAGGAAGAAAAACGGAUGGAUAUAUAAAGGGAAACAUCACCAUUUCUGGAUAUCCCAAGAAGCAAGAAACUUUUGCUCGUAUUUCUGGAUAUUGUGAACAAAAUGAUAUCCAUUCUCCAAAUGUCACAGUUUAUGAAUCCCUUGUAUAUUCUGCGUGGCUUCGCCUUCCUUCUGAAAUUGAUUCAGUGAAAAGAAAAAUGUUCAUUGAUGAGGUGAUGGAGCUUGUUGAGAUGAAAACAUUAAAAGAUGCAUUGGUUGGAUUGCCUGGAAUAACUGGAUUGUCAACUGAGCAACGCAAGAGAUUAACUAUUGCUGUUGAGCUCGUUGCAAACCCUUCAAUAAUAUUUAUGGAUGAGCCAACCUCCGGGCUUGAUGCUAGGUCUGCUGCUAUUGUAAUGAGAACUGUUAGAAACACUGUUGACACAGGAAGGACGGUAGUGUGCACAAUUCACCAACCAAGUAUUGAUAUAUUUGAAUCCUUUGAUGAGCUCUUCUUGAUGAAGCUUGGAGGUGAAGAGAUUUAUGUUGGACCAUUGGGGAAUAAUUCUUAUCAUCUUAUCAACUAUUUUGAGGCCAUUCAAGGCAUCCAGAAGAUAAAGAAUGGUUACAAUCCUGCAACCUGGAUGUUGGAAGUCACAACAUCAGCACAAGAAAUUGCAUUAGGUGUUGAUUUCAAUGAAGUUUACAAAAACUCUGAAUUGUACAAGAGAAACAAAGCAUUAAUUAUGGAACUAAGCCAACCAUCUAUUGGAUCGAGUGAUUUAUGUUUUCCAACAAAAUAUUCACAAUCGUUCCUAACCCAAUGCAUUGCAUGCUUAUGGAAACAAAACUUGUCAUAUUGGAGGAAUCCUAUUUAUUCUGCAUUAAGAUUUUUUUUCACUCUUAUGAUUGCGUUGAUGCUUGGGUCAAUAUUCUGGAAUCUUGGUGGUAAAAAAGACACACAACAAGAUUUGUUCAAUGCCAUGGGUUCCAUGUUUGGGGCUGUGUUAUUUAUGGGAGUCUCAUACUCAACUGCAGUACAACCAAUUGUUAAUAUUGAGCGCACAGUCUUUUAUAGAGAGAGAUCUGCUGGAAUGUAUUCAGCAUUUCCAUAUGCUUUUGGACAAGUUGUAGUUGAGCAACCAUAUAUCUUAGUUCAAUCAGUAAUAUAUUGUAUUAUUGUGUAUUCAAUGAUUGGGUUUGAGUGGACAACAACGAAGUUCUUAUGGUACAUAUUUUUCACAUAUUUCACAUUGCUAUACUAUACCUACUAUGGCAUGUUAGCUGUCAGCUUGACACCGAACGACACCAUUGCCGCUAUUGUCUCAUCAUUUUUCUAUGGAAUGUGGAACCUUUUCUCAGGAUUUGUUGUCCCCAAGAAGGCACUGCCAAUUUGGUGGAGUUGGUACUAUUGGAUUUGUCCUGUUUCAUGGACUCUAUAUGGAUUGCUUGUAUCACAAUAUGGAAAUGACAAUAAUCUGCUCGAUACAAAACAGACAGUGGCAGAGUUCUUAAAUAGUUACUUUGGAUAUAAAUAUGAUUUUUUGGGGGUGGUAGCAAUUGUUGUCGUCUUUUUUGCAAUUCUCUUUGCUUUCUUAUUUGGUUUUGCAAUCAAAUUUGUCAAUUUUCAAAAUAGAUGAUGGUGUUUUGCAGUAAAAGAAAAGUAAUAAGUUUAAAUUUUGUAAUUGUAACAUGAAAUGGGGCUUCCACUGUUAUUGUAACAAAUUGAAAUGUUAAUAACAAGGAUAUUCUAGUAUUAGUUA